GGGUAAUAUCCCGUUUUAUUGUUGAAGCCUAUAAAAAGGUGAGUGACUCAGGAAAAGACAAGAUCGUUGAAAAGACGGUAAGUUUAAGUUGGCUGCCUUUUGUCCAAUUAACUCCAUUUCUCCUUCCCCAAUAAUCCCUCUCUCAUUUCCCGAUCUGCUUUAGCUUUAGGGUUCUCCACAAUAUUCAAUUUUCCCUUUUUUUUUAAAGAAAGAAAGAUAUACUUUGUUUUCUAAUUUUCUUACAUUUAUUCGUCGACGAACAAGCGAUUUAUCUGUGCUUUGAUUCUGAUCUCUCUAGGGUGUUAAUUCAUCGAUCAUGACGAUUCCAGAUUCGGGAUGCGUGAUGGAGAACGGCGCGAGUUGCUUGCCGUGCACGCCCGAAGAAGAGAAAAAGAUCGUUACUGAUUUAAGAAACGAAUCCGAACGUAAUUUGAAAGAAGGCAACUUGUAUUUCGUUAUUUCUAGCAGCUGGUUUCGAAAGUGGGAGAGGUAUGUUGGAAUAGACGGUGAUGAAAAUUUGAUUGGGAACCAAUCUUCUGAUUCUCGGCAUAUCAAUGGAGCUUCUUCGGUCGUGGCAGAAAGGCCUGGCCCUAUGGAUAACUCUGACAUUGUUGAGAAUGGAAGUGAUAGCGAUAUCAAGGGAAAUGACAUACAGCUGCGAAGAAUGUUAAUGGAAGGGCAGGAUUAUGUUUUGGUACCACAAGGAGUUUGGGAAAAGCUUCACGGAUGGUAUAAAGGAGGCCCAGAAUUGCCUAGAAAGAUGAUUUUGCAGGGUGUUUAUCAUAAAAAGUUUGAUGUGGAGGUUUACCCCCUUUGUCUUAAGUUGAUAGAUUCCAGGGAUGAAAGUCAGUCAACUAUAUGGUUAAGCAGAAAGGCUUCUUUAACUGAGCUUUUCCAGAAGGUCUGUGCACUUAAAGGAAUAGAGCAGGAUAAGGUUCGCAUUUGGGAUUACUUCAACAAGAGAAAGUAUGCACAGUUGUCUGUUUCAAACAAAACCCUAGAAGAAUCAAACUUGCAGAUGGAUCAAGAUAUUCUUCUGGAGCUAGUUGAUGGACAUCAAUCGUCAAAAAUUGGCAUGGAUUCUACAGGAAAUGACCUAGCUUUGGUUUCCUUGGAACCUUCAAGAUCCCCCUUGACAAUUGCUGGGGGCCCAACCUUGUCCAAUGGCCACUCAGGUUACAGAUCAAAUCUGUAUCCUGGAAGUUCCAUAGGCUCAGGAUUAGCAGAUAUGGAUGAUGGUUUUGAAGCAUGUAACUCUGCUAGAAAAGUAGAGAAGGGGGGCUUGGCUGGAUUGCAGAAUCUAGGAAAUACUUGUUUUAUGAAUAGUGCUCUUCAAUGUUUAGUGCACACGCCCCCUCUUGUUGAGUAUUUCUUGAAAGAUUACAGAGCUGAGAUCAACACAGACAAUCCUUUGGGAAUGCAUGGAGAGCUUGCUCUUGCAUUCGGAGACUUGUUGCGAAAAUUAUGGUCUUCAGGGCGAACUGCUAUAGCUCCACGUGUAUUUAAGGGGAAACUUGCUCGGUUUGCACCCCAGUUUAGUGGUUACAACCAGCACGAUUCUCAAGAACUUCUGGCUUUCUUACUAGAUGGGUUGCAUGAAGACUUGAAUAGGGUCAAACAAAAACCUUACAUUGAAAUGAAGGACUCUGAUGGUCGUCCUGAUGAGGAAGUUGCAGCUGAGUGUUGGAAAAAUCAUAAGGCACGGAAUGACUCAGUAAUUGUGGAUGUUUGCCAAGGUCAAUACAAGUCUACACUGGUUUGCCCAGUUUGCAGCAAAAUUUCUAUCACCUUUGAUCCCUUCAUGUAUCUAUCAUUGCCACUACCUUCAACUAUCACUAGGACAAUGACAGUGACAGUUUUUUAUGGUGAUGGAAGUCGUCUACCAAUGUCAUUUACGGUCUCUGUGCUGAAAAAUGGUUUCUGCAAAGAUCUCCUUUUGGCAUUAGGUACUGCAUGUGGUCUGAAGAGUGAUGAAAGCCUUAUGCUUGCAGAGGUGUAUGAAAACAAGAUUUACCGAUAUUUGGAGAUGCCUUUGGAGCCAUUGGCUUCGAUAAAGGAUGAUGAGCAAAUUGUGGCAUUCCGGUUUCAAAAGAAAGAGAUAGGGAAAACUAGGCUAGUAAUUUUUCAUCGAUGGCAGGAAAAGGCAGAGCUUUUUGGAACUCCACUGGUUACUUAUUUGGUGGCGGACCAAUCAAGUGGAGCUGAUAUUGAAGCCGCUGUUUCUAAAGUACUGUCACCUUUCAAAAAAAUUUCUUCAGCUAAGGCUCAUGUUGGUAAGGAAAAUGGCAUUCUCUUGGAUGGGCUUGAUGAAGAAUGCAGCUGUUCUGAUGCUCAGUCAGUUGAGAAUGCAGAACUUGAGGGUACUUCGUGCAGAGACUUGUCAAUUCCACUCCGUCUGACCGAUGAUAGGGUUAUGAACUUCAAUGCUUUUAAGAAGGAUACCCUCUUUGAAUCAGGAAAGAUCAUAGGAAAGCUCUUAAGGGUUGUACUAGAUUGGACUGACAAAGAACAAGAGUUAUAUGAUUCCAGCUACUUGAAGGACAUUCCCGAGGUUUAUAAAGCAGGGCUUGCAGCAAAAAAGACCCGGCAAGAAGCCAUUUCUCUAUCUUCAUGUUUAGAUGCUUUCUUGAUUGAAGAACCCCUAGGGCCUGAUGACAUGUGGUAUUGUCCUCGUUGCAAGGAACACAGGCAAGCUAUAAAGAAGUUGGACUUGUGGAUGCUACCUGAGAUUAUUGUUUUUCAUUUGAAACGCUUCACUUAUGGCAGAUACCUAAAGAACAAGAUUGACACAUUUGUGAAUUUCCCAAUUCACGAUCUUGAUUUGAGCAAAUAUGUCAUGAGCAAAGAUGGUCAAUCUUAUUUAUAUGAGCUAUAUGCCAUCAGCAACCAUUAUGGUGGUCUAGGUGGUGGCCACUACACUGCCUAUGCUAAGUUGAUUGACGAGAAUAGAUGGUAUCAUUUCGAUGAUAGUCACGUCUCUGCAGUCGAUGAAUCUGACAUCAAGACAUCAGCUGCUUAUCUCUUGUUCUAUAAGAGAGUUAGAUCUGAAUCCAAAGUGGAGGCAGGAGAGGCAUCACAUAGUCAUUCCAUCUCUUAAAGACCCCGAUGAGUGCAAUCUCCAAUACUAUUUGCCUUAUCGAGCUGCCUCCAAUCAAGGAUAGGCAGCCGGCCUCACCUGCAACAACCACUGUUAUACUACGAAGAUUUUUACUUGUCUGAGCAGAAGCCGAGCGAACCCUCAAUGUUAUAAAAGAUACAAUAGGUGACCCUAACUCCGGAAACAACUCACAACGAAGCAGCAACGCAAUUCAAAGGUAGGGGCAACUAUUAUUAUUAGUUCUAUUAAAUUUUUUUAAUUAAUUUUUUUUGAAGGAAAUUUUGGGCAGAGAACUAGGUCUGCUUGCUUAUAUAGUUCUUAAUUUGUACUAUGAGCGAGUAAUAGUAGCCAAUACCCGUCUAUAAGUAUUUAUUUAAUCUUUGAAGCCUUUUAACGAA